AUGACAAUCUUCACUACUUCUCACAUGGCUUGUGCCUUUGGCAUUCUGGGCAACAUCGUGUCAUUCUUGGUGUACUUGGCCCCAUUGCCAACCUUUUACAGGAUUUAUAAGAAAAAAUCCACAGAAGGUUUUCAGUCGAUUCCUUAUGCGGUUGCACUGUUCAGUGCCAUGUUAUACUUGUAUUAUGCUGUUCUGAAGACGAACGAGAUAAUUCUCAUUACCAUCAACUCCAUAGGAUGUGUCAUCGAAACCACAUACCUCAUCAUCUUCCUGAUUUAUGCAACGAAAGAGGCCAAGAUCUAUACUACAAAGUUGGUCAUCCUAUUUAAUGUGGGAGCAUAUGGGUUAAUAGUAUUUUCCACUUCCAUACUGUCAGAUGGCCAUCAGAGAGACACCAUUGUUGGUUGGAUUUGUUCUGCCUUUUCUGUCAGCGUCUUUGCUGCUCCUCUCAGCAUUAUGAGACUAGUUAUUAGAACGAAGAGCGUCGAAUACAUGCCGAUUUCACUGGCGUUCUUCCUCACACUCUGUGCUGUUAUGUGGUUCUUCUACGGCCUUUUGAUAAAGGAUUACUACAUUGCAAUGCCAAACAUCAUAGGAUUUAUGUUUGGAGUUGCACAAAUGAUACUGUACGUCAUCUACAAAGACAGAAAGAAGCAAAUUCUUCUAGAAGUCGAGCUGCAAGAUUUAACAACCGUCGUAGAUUUGAACACACUGGAAAAACAGGAUAAUUCAACCACAGAACCGAAGAAGCCAGAAGAGAUUGCAGUGAACCAAGAAGCUGGCAAUCAACCCAUUGACUCCAAUGUGUGA